AUGGCAUACCAAUUAAAUACGCAAGGAACGAAGGUAAAACGGUUGUUUAUAGCAGCGGAUUUAGCAGCGGUAAUUCGUGCAGCGCAUUACCCUGGCGAUGAAUUAAGCGAGGAACAAACAGAUUGGCCAAGUAGUAAAUGGUAUAAUAGUCGGCUAAAUGGAGGCGGCACCUUGUUAUGCAAAAGCGGGAAUGCCGGUGAACAAGCGAGCCAGGAGGAGACGAAGGAAUGCGGUGGCCGACGUGUUCCGGUAAUAGCUGGAGGUCAGGGCAGGGGACAGACCGAACGAGGGGUGGAAAACGGAACCGGGUAUUAUUAUACGUCUGCGUAUAUCUGGCGUUGGCAGGGUGGCGAGACGGAAGCAACGCUAAGCGAACCGCAUUACCAAAUGUCGCAGAAUCCCAUCCACGACUCGGUUGUGUCCCAUUGUUAUUGUGCGGUAAGUGGAGUGGUAUCCAUGGCGACCCCUCAGCUCCGUGCCAACAUGGCGCCUAUUUGCGAUCCUACGCCAAUCGAGGACGGUUUCGCUGUGUGUCUCGAUGCACACCCUCGCAAAUCCUCAACUCUUUCGCUCCGUCACCAUUCGACAAUUAUUUUAUACAAUGCCAGACAUUCCAUGCCGAGCAUGGAUCGCGUUGCGCACCUUUAUCAUGCACUUUCAUCGCUUUUUGGCAUUCCUGAGCUGAGGUCGACAAGCUGCAAGGUUAGGAUGCCGAACAUGCGCCCGUCUACGGACAUCGACAGCAUCGAAGAUUCCGAUUCUGACGAGCUUAGCUCUUCGUUGACGAGCAUAGUGACGCUCGACGACCUCCUGCACUACCUCGGCGACUUUGGACUCUACCAGCGUAUGGUGUCGGUUAUGCUGAUGCCUUUCGGCUUCUUUAACGUCUUCGUCUACUUCGGUCAAAUGUUCAUGACUCUAGUGCCCGAGGAGCACUGGUGCAGACUUCCCGAGGUCGACGGCAUGUCUCGAGAGGAGGUCAGGCGCCGGGGAAUACCUCCCAGUGAAGACGUACCCUACGAAGGUCACGAGCUUCCGUUCUCUCGGUGCUGGAGGUACGAUGUACCGCUGGCGACUCUACUCUCGGUUCAAAGCCCGGACCCCAAGUGGCCUAUGCAGCGCUGCCACAACUGGGAGUUCAAGUUCACGUCGAGCGAUGUUCCAUACACGACGAUAGCUUCGGAGUUAGAAUGGGUGUGCGACAAGCAGUACCUGGUGAACCUGGCGCAGAGCAUUUUCUUCGUGGGUUCAAUAUUCGGCGGGAUUCUGUUCGGCUGGAUGGCAGACAAGUACGGAAGGAUCCCGGUGCUAGUGGUGGCAAACAUGUUCGGUUUUUUCGCCGGGAUGGCGACGGUAUUUGCACGAUGUUUCUGGCACUUCGGAGUGUGCAGGUUCCUGGUCGGUUUCGCGUCCGACAACAAUUUCACGAUGAUGUACAUCCUGGUGCUCGAGUACGUCGGUCCGAAGUGGAGAACCUGGGUGGCGAACUUGUCGAUCGCAAUAUGCUUUCCCUUGGCAUGCUGCACGCUCCCGUGGCUGGUACUGGGUCUCUCAAAUUGGAAGAGCAUCGCUAUCGCAACGUCAGCGCCGCUGGCAUUUGCGAUAGUGACGCCGAUCGUGGUGCCCGAAAGCGUGAGGUGGCUGGCUUGUCAAGGAAGACUGAGCGAAGCAAUCAAGAUAAUGCGCAGGAUCCAAAGGGUGAACAAAACCUCGGUGCCUGAGAGCCUGUACACCGAUUUCAAAGAGGACUCGGAAAACGUAAUACGGCUCAUUCGCAACGAAGAGUCAAGGGUCUUGGACCUUCUGCGAACCCCGCGACUGCGGCGAAUCACAAUACUGUUGAUAGCCAUUUGGGGCAUAAUCGCUAUGGUCUUCGACGGCCACAUAAGGAACCUCGGCACCACGGGGCUCAACAUAUUCUUCACGUUCACCAUAUCCUCAGCGACGACCUUUCCCGCGGACAUAUUCGUCGCCUUCACCCUCGACUACUAUGGCCGAAGGUGGUUGUCCUUCGCGUCGAUGUUCCUCUCGGGCUUGGCCUGCUUUUUUGCCUCCAUGACCAGCGGUGUGUACUUCGCUGCCUUCGGACUGGUCGGCAGGUUCCUGAUCAACAUAUCGUACACCAUUGGGCUGCAGUACGCCGCCGAACUUCUGCCGACGGUGGUGCGAGCGAAGGGAGUCGCUGUGAUCCACAUAUUCGGGUACGCGACCGCCAUCAUCUCCCCCUUCAUCGCGUACACGAGGAUAUUCGCCUGUCAAGUGCCGGUCAUAGUUCUUGGGAUUCUAUCGACGAUCGGCGGGAUUCUUUGCCUUUUUCUACCGGAAACGCUGGACCAAGAACUGUCCCAAACGCUGCAGGAAGGCGAAGACUUCGGUAAGGACCAGAGGUUCUUCGACAUGCCGUGCCUCGCGCCCAAGCAGCUUGAGCCCAAACCGAACAAGCAUCAUCUUCACGCCCAGCGGCCGGCGAUCCGAGGCGAGAUCCUGAGGAGCAGCAUAAUCUCGGGUGCCGUUGGGAGCAAGUAUCGUCUUUCGGUCUGGUCGCGGCAAGUCAACUCUGAGGGAAUGAGUCUGUCCUCGAGGAGCAACCGAGUAACGUUCAACGACAGUCGACCAGCCUCGUCAGGAUCCAGCAAGACGAACAUUUGA